UAAUUAAUGUUUCUUGCAUCUGGUGUUCAUCCAGAAUUUUCCUUGAAGCUCAAAUAAUUUUACUCUGACAUAUAGAAGUAAAUAUAUCAACAAUUUGUAUUUUUAUAAUGAUUCUUGACCAUUGUCAAGCUUUAAUUACCAAAUAUUACCAAAAUAUUCUCCAAAGAUUUCAGAUUUUCUUUUAUGCCAUGUAAAUCCAAGAAGUAUGAAUAUUGUUUUUAAUACAAAUGUAUUUAUGCAAAUGUUCUUUCUCUCAUUGAGGAUGCGGAUUAUCUUUUCACACCAAAACAGGAAGUGUGCACUGCCUUCGUUCAGCCUAUAUGUGUGUGCGGUAGGAAACAUCUGCAGCAUUCGCAUCUGAUCGUUCACGAUGAGGCCGCUGUUCUGUCUGUUUUUGCUGUUCGGUCUUUUUGUCAGCUCAGGUAAGUCCUUUAUUUAUUGGUUUGUUUGCUCAAAGAAUAGCUAAAUAAUGCAACAUCUUAUGUAAUUAUUUUUCAGUUUUGAUUUGAGUUUUUUUUUUACUUUUAUUUCUGCAGCUGUUCUAGUUUUGGGAUUCUACAGUGUUUGUUUUUAUUAUGACACUUAACAUCUUUGUUCUUCCAAUUUGGUGUAAAACUUUAGAUGAACAAUUGUUUUUUUUUGUUUGUUUGUUUGUUUGUUUCUGUUUUUCAUAUUUUCACAUUUCUGAUGAGACAUUUUGUGUUUUUCAUUGCAGAGGGAACUGAGGUUUAUUUUCUGAAGGAAGGUGAACGUAUCAGCCUCACUUGUUCUAAAUGCACACAAGAGAACUAUGACGGAUUGUAUCUGUAUCAUAGAUUUCUGGAUCAUAGAUACCACAAGGAGAAGGAGGUGUUAUUCUUCAAUAGUAGAUUCCCAAAACCUAGUGUUCGAAGUGACUUCACACACAAAGUUGAUUGGAAUGGAUCUUUCUCCAACCUCAGCAUCACGAUUAGAAACCUGUCUGCCAACAACGAGGGUGUCUACAGGUGUGUGUACCAUUCUCAAGGGAAAAAGGACACGUCAUGCCAAACCUACAUACUUCAUGUAAAAGAGGGAACUGAAGUUUAUUUUCUGAUGGAAGGUGAAGAUAUCAGCCUCACUUGUUCUCAAUGCACACAAGAGAACUAUGACGGAUUGUAUCUGUAUCAGAGAUUUCUGGAUCAUAGAUACGACAAGGAGAAUGAGGUGUUGUUCUUUGGUAGUAGAUUCUCAAAACCUAGUGUUCGAGAUGACUUUAUAGACAUAGAUGUUGGGAAUGGAUCUUUCUCCAACCUCAGCAUCACGAUUAGAAACCUGUCUGCCAACAACGAGGGUCUCUACAGCUGUGUGUACCGUUCUUAUGGGAAAAUGGACACGUGCCAAACCUACAUACUUCAUGUAAAAGAGCAGAAAAACGACACCAUAAAGACACCAGAACCUGAAAGAUGCCACGUUUCACAAAACCUGAUGACAGCGGUCAUCCUCGUUUGUCUCUUCUUCUCGGUGGUGAUAGCGUUCAUCCUCUUGUUCCCAAGGGUAAAACAAAGAGUCAAGAAAGAAAACCACACAGAAGAGAAUGGCCCUAUGAAUCCCCAAUCCUCCACUGAAUAUGUGUAUGAAGACAUGAGAAAGAACCCUGUGUACUCCCGUGUGGGUCCAGUGCAGCGCCCACAAGCCUAACAAGUCGGAGCGGCAUUAAUGUAAAAACAUAAAAAAAAUAUCCAAGGAGAUUCGUAUCGUAGUACGGAGCCCCUUAAGGGACAUCUGUAAAAAAAAAAAAAAAA